GACGGCCGCAUCAAUAUCGGUAAUGAAUUCCAGGAUAAUUUGGGAAAUGAUCAUUCUAAAUCUCUUCUCAAUAUGGAGAAAGAAUUACAAGAAAUGAAAAGGACCUUAGCAUCUCUCAAGCUUCUAGAAGGUCAGAAGGAAGAAGGCAGCAGUGAUCCACUGGACAUCUUAAGUGAGAUUCUACAAGCCAAUGAAGGUGCCAACAUGCCAAUAGAGUAUGGAGAUAUAUUCCAAAAACUGGGGCGCAGUGCCACAAACUGUACAAAAUGCCUGUGGCCAAAAUCCAGUAGUGGGCUGGUCAAUGUCCCAUAUACAAUAUCCCCUGUGUUUAGUGACAGUGAGAAGACACUGAUUAGAGGGGCUCUAAAUGAGAUUAUGACACUGAGCUGCAUCAGGUUUAAAGAGCGUACAACACAGGCUGAUUUUCUGAGGUUUCAGUCAGGGAAUGGCUGUUGGUCAUCUGUGGGGAAGACUGGAGGAAGCCAAGAUGUGUCUGUAUCCAAAAAUGGGUGUAUGUCUCAUGGAAUUAUACAACAUGAGUCUCUACAUGCCCUGGGAUUCAUCCAUGAACACAGCCGAAGUGACCGGGACAACUAUGUGGACAUCAUAUACAAAUACAUCAAUGAUGUCAACAGAGCAAGCUUUGAUAAAGAAAACUCCAACAAUCUUGGAUUUCAGUAUGACUACUCAUCAGUGAUGCACUAUGGCAGAUUUAGCUUCACCAACACUACCGGACAGGCAACAAUAAAACCCAAACCAGAUCCAACUGUGUUUAUUGGCCAAAGAUACGGCAUCAGCAGACUUGAUGUCUCUAAACUGAACAGGCUCUACGAAUGCAAUAUAUGCAGCAAUUUGCUUACUGAACCCAAUGGAACUUUCACCUCUGCAAAUUAUCCAUCUGCCUACCCUCCUAAUUCCGACUGUAUCUGGUUGAUUCGGUUACCGGCUGACAAGGUUUUCCUCCAGUUCAAUGCUUUCGAUGUUCAGUCCUCUUCAAAAUGUGCUUCGGAUUAUCUCAAGGUGUAUGAUGGAGACAGCAGGUCGUCCCCGGUGUUACUUGACAGAGCUUGUGGGACAGGGAAGUUGCCUCCUCUGGUGUCAUCUGGCAAUACAAUACUGGUGGAGUUUGUCUCUGAUGCUUCGGGACUUGGCAUGGGCUUCAAGGCUUCGUACAGCACAGUGACAGGUGGUGGCAGCUACUUGACGGACAAUGGGGUUAUUACAUCCCCCGGAUAUCCUUCCAACUAUCCUAACUCCAUGGAUUGCAUCUACAACAUUGUUGCCCCUACAGGUUACAAGAUUUCACUGGCAUUCACCAGCUUCCAGACAGAGUUUGCCUCAAACUGCAUGGCGGGCUACGACUACCUGGCAGUCUAUGAUGGCAGUAGCCUCACUUCCCCAUUGCUGAGGAAACUCUGUGGCUCCCCAGAGAACAUUCCACAGGUGGUCUCUACUGGGAACAACCUGCUUCUCCAGUUCAUAAGUGAUAUCUUUAUGAACUAUCCAGGGUUCCAUGCCACCUACUCAUUUGGUAAGGACGAGGGGGGGGGCUGGCUCAUGUUGUAGAGUAGAAAUACACAUGAGGGGGAGCUUCUACUGACAAGCAAUUUUUGAAUUCCUUUAUCUUACUAAUAAAGAAAAGCCACAUCAAUUAUGAUUAUACAGUAGUGUAACUCGGUACCUUAGAAGAUGUAGUAUGUCAGCUGAACGAUGGUGGAGAAGUCACGAACUGAUUCUGACUUCAUCCACUUCAAAUUCUUGCUCUCCUGCUACAAUCAAACUCUAUCAAUAGCUAAAGAGCAAUACUUCUCUUCUUUAAUCUCUACUCUGUCCUCUAAACUGCAGUGACCGUUUGCCACAUUUAAUUCACUCUUAUGCCCCCUCCACUCCCUCCACCCAUUAAUAUAACUGCCCAAGAUCUUGCUCAUUUCUUUAAUGAAAAAAUCGAUCUCAUUAGACUGAGCAUACCGUCUGACAAUCUCAGACUAACGUGCUGUCCACUUGCAUCCACUUGUACUCCUUCACCCCUGCAACACUAGAAGCAAACUUCUAGCCUGCUCAAACCCGACAACCUGCUCCCUUGACCCCAUACUCUCUCGCCUCCUUUAUCCAAUCUCUAAAACACUCUCUCCUGUACUUACCCACCUAUUUAACAUUUCACUUUCUACUGGUACUUUUCCAUCUACAAACAAACACUAAUUACUCCUAUCCUCUAAAAACCUUUCCUUGAUCCCAGCUGUCCCGCUAACUAUCGUCCGGUUUCCCUUCUUCCAUUCGCAUCCAAACUACUAGAAAGGCUUGUUUACAAACGCCUGAUCCAGCAUCUCACUCACAACUCCCUUCUCGACCCCCUGCAAUCUGGCUUCCGCCCAACACACUCAACUGAAACUGCACUCACCAAAGUAACCAAUGAUCUUCUACUGGCAAAGUCUAAAGGUCACUAUUCCAUACUAAUCCUUCUAGAUCUCUCUGCAGCCUUUAACACAGUUGGCCACCUGCUCCUCCUAGGCAUUCGUGACACUGCUCUUUCAUGGUUUACAUCUUAUCUGUCUGACCGUUCCUUUAAAGUUUCCUUCUCUAACUCUACUUCUAC